AUGUCUCAGCAAUCAAAUGGUGAAUCUCCCGUUUCAGACUCAGCAGCACCGGAGGAGUCCUCUAACCCUAAUAGGGUCCUUAAGAUUGUUCCUUUAAGGACGAUCAGCAGUGACGAAGUAAAGGCCACAAAGCCUAAAAUGACUCAUGCAAAACGACCCAAGGAGGGUAUUCAGAACAAGUGUACCAAAUCCUCAGCAUCUGCUACCAUGGAGGAACUUACUAAAGAAGGAUCCAAGUAUGUCGAUAGCGCAAUUACCAGGAUUGUUAAUCGUAUUCUGAAGGAGAAUCAUCAAGUGUCUGGAAUAUCUAUUCCUCUUCAAACCAUAAUGGCUGAUCCCCUCAAUAACACCAGUAAGGCUGAGGUUGUUCACACCGUGGAUAGUGACCUAGAAAUCAACAAGGAUGAACAAGGGGUUACUAAGAAUACCAAUAUCACCAAGAAUGUCAAUGACAUUGACAAUAAUGAGCACCCUAAGGCCAAUACUGAAACUGAUACUAAUGUGGUAGACUUAGAUGAGUACUCUGAAGACGAAUUACUUACUUCCUUGAAUCUGAGUGUAGCCAACAGGCUAAUGACAAGAAGAAAAGGCAAAGCUGUUGUUCAAGGAUCACCAAAAGCAAGCACUCAAGUGAACAACCCUGCCAAAGACACUAUCAGGAAGAAGAGUACUUCUGUAGGUCCUGUCAAGAGCAAAGCUGUUACCAAGACAAAUGUCCCUAACAUUCCAUCAAGGAAGAAGCCUACAACCAGUAAGCUUGCUGCUAACAUCCCUGAAGUUCCCAUUGAUAAUGUGUCUUUCCACUAUGCCUCUAGUGUCAGCAGAUGGAAAUAUGUUCUCCAAAAGAGAUUGGCUGUUGAAAGGGAAUUGGCUCCAAAUGCUCUUGAAAACAAGGAGGUCUUAGAGCUGAUUCAAGAAGCUGGAAUGCUAAAAACUGUGUACAAUCUUCCCAAAUGUUAUGAGAAGAUGGUCAAAGAAUUUGUGAUAAACCUAUCUGAAGAUUGUGGCAAUAGCAGAAGUGCAGACUACAGAAAGGUGUUUGUAAGAGAUAAGUGUGUAUCAUUCUCUCCUUCUGUGAUUAAUAAAUUCUUGGGAAGAACAAAUGAAGCUCAAACCGAGCUGGAAGUAACAGACAACCAAGUCUGUCAAGUGAUCACAACCAAGCAGCUUCACAAAAUAGGAGCAGCUAAUUGGGUUCCAACAAAUCACAAGUCCACUAUCUCAACCGUGCUUGGUAGAUUUCUGUAUGUUGUAGGAACAAAGGCAAAGUUUGAUUAUGGAGCAUACAUUUUUGACUAA